GAGCUGUAGCCUACAUACAAGUGAUACAACUAUACAGUCUAUACUAGUUAUCUCAUUUUCUUCCGAUCAUCUUUCUCUUGCAAAAACCUCGAGAAAAGGGAAGUGAACUUCACAUCAUAAAUACUAGUUGGUUUUUCCCUUGUUUCAAAUGAUAUUCCUCUUGUAAGGAAGAAUGAGCGUUUCUACUUUCUGUUGCAUUUGCUGUCUCCAGUUCUUCGUUUGAGAACAAACAGCAACAUGGCUGAAGCAAUCAUCAUCACCCUUGCAGCUCCUGUUGUGAAGAUUGCCCUCACUAAAUUGACUUCUCUUGUUACCGAGGAGUUUCUUGCAUUCACCAAUGUCAGGGAUGACAUGGAUACCCUCUGCAGCACUUUGACAGAUAUUUGUCAGUUGCUUGAAGUUUUGGAAAGAAAUCGGACGAAUUCUUCUGAUGGUUUCCACCAGAUGAACAAUUGGCUCAAGAAGCUUCAAAUAGCAGGUUAUGAUGCAGGCGAUUUAAUCGAGUCCUGGGCAGCAGAAUAUCACCAGUGGAAGACGAAGAAGCAGGUACAAAAACUCUCUCUUCCAUUUAGUGCUUCAAAAUUUUCCUUUCAGCGCCAAGAAGCAUGCGACUUGAAAGAAAUUACAGCGAGAAUAAAAAAGAUUUUACAAGAAGGACAAGUCUAUAGAACCAUCAUUGGAAAUCCUCCAAUGCGGACUGAAAGCCUUUCACGGGAAACUGGCUCUCUUUCUAACAACAUAGUCGAGGGAAGGGGAGACGAUGUAGAGAACAUAAUAAAACUGCUGAUACCAGAUGAAGAAGCCAGUAAUGGAGGCGAUAUUGAUUUUAUUCCAAUUGUGGGGAUGGGCGGCUUGGGUAAAACAACUCUUGCUCAAGUCGUAUAUAAUGAUGCAAGAGUUCAUGAUCAUUUUAAAAGAAAAUUCUGGGUUUGUGUUACAGAAAAUUAUGACGAGAAGAAAAUUCUCAAAGGAAUUUUGGAGUCUAAUAAGAGUAUUUUUGAUGCCGACAUCUCAUUAGUGGUGCUGCAAGACCGAGUUCGUGAGCUCCUGGUUGAAAAACCAUUCUUACUUGUUCUAGAUGAUUUAUGGAACGAUGAUUAUAUGAAAUUGCAGCCACUAGAAAAUUUACUGAAACAAGGCGUCCGUGGAAGUAAGGUCUUGGUUACUACUCGGAACAAUGAAGUGUGGAAGAUUACAGGUGCAAAAGCCUCCUAUAGCUUGCGAGCUUUUAAUGAUAAUGAAUCAUUGGCGUUAUUGGAGAAAAUUGCCUUUAAAGAAAGUGCUUUGCCAGAUGAGUUGAAGGAAUAUGCAAAGCAAAUUGUAAACAGGUGCAACGGUUUACCUCUGGCAGUAAAACAAGUUGGGGGUCUGCUCCGUGGAAUCACUGAGGCAGAGGAGUGGAGUUAUAUCGCUAAAAGUGAAAUAUGGGAACUAAAAAAAGAUAAAGUACUGCCUGCUCUUCGAUUGAGUUACAACAAUCUUUCUUCAGCUCUAAAGCAGUGUUUUGCAUUUUGUUCCCUGUUUCCGAAAGCUCAUGUUUUUGACAAAACUGAGUUGGUAAAAUUAUGGACAGCAGAAGCAUUCAUUCAACCUCAUGAAAGACACAGGACAGAAGUCAUAGGAAGCAGAUACUUCAAAGAGCUGUCAGACAGGUUCUUCUUUGAGAUCUUGGCGGAAGACGAGAACAAGGGCAGAAUGCAUGAUCUUGUCCAUGACUUGGCGCUAUCCAUCUCCUCUCCCUUUUGCUGCCAAGUGAAAGAUGUUGUGCCAAACAAAUUUGAGGAAGUUACUCGCCAUGUAUCACUGCUUUCAAACGAGGUUGAGCAGCCCCUUUCAGAAAUAAUCAAAAGAUCAAAGAAGCUGCGCACGCUUUUAUUGCCAAAUAAACAGUUCAAAGCCUUUGGGAAAGCUGACCGUGAAAUAUUCCAUUCACUCAAGUACAUGCGCACGCUAGACUUGAGUUCAAGCACACUUCAAGAGCUGUCAGGCUCAAUCGAGAAUUUGAAGCUUUUGCACUACCUUGAUUUAUCAAAAACUGAAAUUAAAAAGCUUCCUGAUUCAAUAUGCAACCUCUACCAAUUGGAGACGUUGAAACUUUCAGAUUGCCCUUGGCUUUUCACUUUGCCCAGGAAGCUCAAAACUCUUGUCAACCUGAGACAUCUGGAGCUAGAUGAAAUGUUUUGGUACACAGUAUCGACGCUUCCAGAAAGCAUUGGGUGUCUAACCGGUCUGCACAAUCUUCACAAAUUUCAGGUUGGCUGCAAUACAGGAUACAAACUUCAAGAAUUGAAGAAAAUGGAGUACCUUACAGGGUUCCUGCACAUCUCAAACCUGGAAAACGCAGUAGAUGCACGGGAGGCCAACUUGAAAGAAAAAGAAAUGAUUAAAAAACUGGUAUAUGAAUGGAGCAGCAGCAAUCUGAACUUGCAAGAUGAAGACGCCAAGCAGGUACUCGAAGACCUGCAGCCUCACCCAAUGGUCCAAGACAUCCAAAUCUGUCACUACAGGAGCUCUGAAUUUCCAAUUUGGAUCAGAUACGGAAAGUAUGAAAAUUUGGGUUCCAUAUACUUAAAUCAUUGCACAGGGAUCAAAAUCCUCUCUCUUGGCGAGUUACCCAACCUCAGAGAACUCCGUCUCAAAAACAUGCCAGAAAUGAUGGAAUGGAAGGAAGAGAGAAUCCUUUUCUUCUCGCGUCUACAUAUAAGUGGCUGCCCAAAGCUGACAAAACUGCCCAGCAUGUUUUCUGCAUUACGCAGUAUGAAGAUCAAGAAUUGUGAAUCAUUGGAUACCAUUCCAGUUGGCCCUGUGCAAUUCAUAACACUUGCUGGCAAUCCUGUACUGAAGCACUGGACUGAAGCCGAUGUAUUUGCAAGGAGCGUUGUCGAUGGUCGCCCAGUCAUAAGUCAUGGCAUGACAAGUCAUUCUCUGUUGGAAGCAAACAUUAUCAACUGCCCUGAACUGCAGACGUUGCCAAGCGAACUUUAUCCACAGAAACUGGAAAUCAGCAGGUGCAAGAAACUGCGCACCCUACCAGAUGCAAACCAUGCACAACGGCUUCAGGUUUUAGCAUUGGAUGCAUGUCAUGAUGAAACUUUAGUCGGUAUGAUCCCAAGUUCUGAGACUUUAUAUUCCUUGGUGAUAUCUAACAUCCCAAAUCUCAUUUGUCUCCCAAAGUGGCCUAGUCUCCCUGGCCUCCAAGCAUUGUAUAUCCGUGAUUGCGCAGACCUUGCGUAUCUAUCCAACCAAGAGAACGGGAACUGGUUGUUUGAGUGCUUCAACUCUCUAAAGCAUCUCUCCAUCCGUAACUGUCCUAAACUUCUGACGCUGCCAGCUGAAGGCCUCCCAACCAGCCUACAAGUUUUGAGUAUUGGCCCAUGUGCAAGUCUCAGUUCUUUCGGCCCCGGGGAAGUAUUCGCAAAACUCACAUCCCUUACUGAUCUUUACCUUGAAGAUUGCCCAGCACUCGAGUCCUUGCCUAAGGAAGGCCUGUCAGCGUCUGUCCAGCAUCUGUCUAUCCAAGGAUGCCCGUCGCUGAUAAGAAGUUGUGGAAAAGACUGCAAUGAUUGGCCAAAGAUCAAGGACAUCCCGGAUCUGGAAAUAGAGACGCCAUCUACCGAAACUUCAAGCUCAUCCUCAGCAAGUUGGUACAAUCUUCGUAGGAACCGCAAAGGAAACAAAUCUAAAGGAAAGAAGGCUUUGGAAUGAUGCCAAGCUUCUGGAGUUACACAAACAGGGAAGUCAAGAGGGAUGGAAGCCUCGAUGUUGGCAAAGUAAGCGGCCUUACAGCCUCUUUUGUUUUCUUAUUUUCCCUUUAUUUGCUUGAUGAGAUGAGUGAGGUAGUUUGUUUGAUUUAAAAACAAAAACAAAACAAAAAAAACAGAAAAACAGAAAAAGAACAAACACAAAAACAGAAAACCAAAAACGUAAAAAAGAGAGAUGUAUCUUUUUUAGGAGGGUAAACUGGUAAAGCCCUGUUUUAUUUAACUAUUGUGUAUUUGUAAUAAUAAUGACAUUACAGGCGUGAUGGCCUAGCCUCCCAUUGGGUCCCAGCCAUCAAAAAAAAGGAUGUAGCAUUUGUAAAUAACUUGAUUUGUGUUUUUUGUUUUUCUUGA